AUGUCUACCACAAAGUUUGCCCUCAAAGGCUCUUCUAAAUGCGUUUGUGAUUUCUUCGAAUACUCCCUACAUUCCUUACUUUAUCAGCGAGGACUAUACGCUCCAGAAGACUUCACAACGGUGAAGAAAUAUGGCCUUCCCAUGAUGUUCAGCAUUGACGAAGAGGUCAAAAAUUAUAUCCGCCAAGUGAUGAGUCAAGUACAUAAAUGGGUAUAUAGAGGAUCGGUCACUCGGCUUGUGGUGCCAAUUGUCGAUCAAAGUACCGAUGAUGUUGUUGAAAGGUGGGAGUUUGUGUUGGAAGUGAGUGAGCCAUCGUCGCAAGUCAGGGAUAAUAAUGGGAAACCAAAGGAGGAGAUUCAGAAGGAAAUCCAGGCAAUCAUCAGACAAAUAACUGCCAGUGUAACUUUCUUGCCAGCUCUUGAUGACGGAUCGUAUACUUUUAGUGUAUUGGUCUAUGGGGAUUCCAAAGGAUUAGGAGUGCCAACCCAGUGGGUUGAUACUAAAGGAGAUGGUAAAGAGGUCGAAUUAUCGCAAGGGGAAAAGAAAGAGGUGAUACAGUUUAGAAGUUUCAGCACAGAUAAUCAUAAAGUAGGUGCCUUUGUGAGCUAUAAAAUAAUGGAGUGA